CAGUCUCUAAGUUACUUCUCACAAGAUCUACUGCGCAUGUCCGUUCUCUCCUUCUCCACGUGGUUCUUUCUACCAAGCCAAGAAAACGGUUGUGUUAGGUUCACCGCUGUUCAUAAGCUUUGAAUACGUCGGCCUAACUUUUAUAACAGCAAAAUGUCGUACAAGAAGGAAGGAGUACAGGAAGAGUCUCAGGUCCACAAGAUCAGGAUCACUCUCACCAGCCGAAACGUCAAAAGUCUUGAGAAAGUGUGUGGCGACCUCAUUCGUCGGGCCAAGGACUCUGAGCUCAAAGUGAAGGGCCCUGUGCGUAUGCCCACUAAGGUCCUUAAGAUCACCACCAGGAAGACCCCCUGUGGUGAGGGCUCCAAGACUUGGGACAGGUUCGAGAUGAAAAUCUACAAGCGUGUCAUUGAUUUGCACAGUGCUGCCGAGACUGUGAAGCAAAUCACAUCCAUCAGCAUUGAGCCCGGUGUUGAAGUGGAGGUGACCAUUGCAGACGCCUGAUUGAUUCAGCUCACUGGUGUGUUGAAAGAGAGACUGUUUCUUAAUAAUGCUUUAUUCUUUGUACUGAUGUUUUGAUGUUGAAAAAAACAUUCAAAUGAUCAUAA